GACUCUGCCUUAAGCCUCAAAGUGGGAGAUUCAAACAUCAGUUGAGGCAUUCAGGACUGAGGGUGUAGCUAAAAACAAUACAGAUACAGUGAACGAAAGAUGGCUCGACUGUCGGCUUUGGGUGUGGCCUUGCUGCUACAUUCGGUGAUUGGGAUCUCCUACUACUACUUCUUCAAGAUGGGGCGUUGCUCCUCGCAGCCCUCGCCCAUCUUGGGCAACUGGCUCUUCACGGUCUCCGUCGUUUCCGUGCUGCAGGCGGUGCGCCUGAUACCCAGCGAGGUCCCCGAUUUCACGGCCCUGGUCCUGGAGACGAUCAUGUGCUGCUUCGUCCUCGACCUGAUGCUGACCAAGCUGUGGUGCCGCAUCGAGAGCCUGGUCCAUUGCGCCAUCGUUGGGGUCCUGCAGAUAUGCCCCGUCGGCGAUGAUACCUUCAUGACGUACGAGUACUGGACGCAGGCGAUCCUCACCACAGUCAUUGGAGCCUGUCUGCUCUGGGUGACCGCCUGGGCCAUGGCUUUGCCCCGGCGGCUGCAGCAUGGGCUCCAGUGCUGGCGCCGUAGCUGCCAUCGACAGCUCUCCCGUAUGCUCUUCUCCAGCAUGGAGACACGGCCGCCGCUACGCCAGGAGAGCUCCUUAAGCUUUGCCGCCUGAUUGGACUACCCACUCUAACUCCUACUCCUACUCAAAAUUAUCUGUUCAAAUCGAGAAAAUAGCAAAAUUUAUGGGUUAAGUAAUGCUAA